AUGAAAAUGUUUCAAAGGUGUAACAAUUUGGAAAAUGAUAAUUUUGAUAAGCUUACUUCAAAAAUGAAUAUAUUAAAAAUUAAAGGAUUAAUAAAAAGAAAAAAUAAAGAAUUUUAUGAUUUAGUUACAGUUUUAAGCUUAAAUAAUGAAGAACUUGAGGAAAAAAUUAUAUCUAAAAAAGAAAAUCUAAAGGAUAAUAUAACUUUAAUGAAAAGUAUAAAAGAUAUUAUGAAAAAUGAAAAUAAAAUGUUUAAAGAAAUAAAAAGAGAAAAGAAAAUUAUCAUAAAAAUCAAAGGAAAUAUAAAACGUUUAUCUCAAAAUAAAAAUGAAACAAUGAAAAAACAUAAAGAGGAAUCAUUAAAUAAAUAUGUGCAAGAAGAUAUAAAUGAUAACGAUGAACAUAUAGAUGAUAUUAUAGAUUAUAUGAAAAAGAUUAAAAAUAUAAAAUUCUACGGAAAAAUUAGAAAAAUUAAACAUAAGAAUAGUUAUGAUUUAUUUAAAGAAGAUAUCAGUGAGUAUAAAAAAGAACCACAAAAUAUAAAAAAUGUACAUAAAAAUUAUGAUAGUAUAUCAAAACAUAAAAUAGGAAAUAAGAAUAUGAUUGAGGAAAAGAAUUAUAAACUAUAUGAAGACAACUACCCUCUUGAAAUAAAAAAAAAAAUUAUUGAAAAAAAAAAGAAAAAAAAAUCCGAAAUGUAUGAGUACGAGAAAAGGAAAAAAUCUAUUAACUCUUCACUUGAUGAAUUACAAAAGCUAUAUGAUAGCAAAAAAAAAUUAAAUAAAAAAUUACUUAUUCCAGGAAAUAUGGAAAAUAAGUUAUCUAGAAACGAUAACAUAAAAAUAAAAAAUGCAAAAGAUAUUGAAAACAAUAUAAAAAAAAAAAAAUCCUUGAAGAAUAAAAAGAUCCUUCUAAAUACAGGUCUAGAUAUUGAAAAGGAUAAACUAUUCUAUAAUAGCCUAUUAAAGUGCAUUAAAACAAAUGAUAAACAUGUACCACUUGAUAAUGAUUUUAAGAAAACAAAUUUUUUAUUAAAAAAAAGACAAAAAGAAUGUAGUGACGAGUUAUAUAUUCAACAACCAUUAUUUUAUAAAAAUUAUUUUAUUAAAAGUAAUGAUAAUCUACAAAAAAAUUCCAAAAAUAAAAUUAAGAAAAAAAAAAAAAUUAGGAAAAACAUUAAUAAAAGCUAUAUUCAUGAUAGUACAGAAUAUCACGCUAUUGGUAAUGAUAAGAGUAAUAUAUAUGAUGAGACUAACUUCAGUACAAGCAAUAUUAAUGAUGUAGAAAAUUUUAUAAAAACAGAAAAAAAAAAAUCCAAAAGAUAUAAUAAAUAUUCUUAUUUGUUCCCUGAACUUGAAAAAUGUGAUUAUAAGAACAUAAAUGAUACAAAUAAAAGUAGUCAAAGAAAAAAGCAUAGGAGCAUUAUAAUAUGUAACUCUAAUGAAAAGUUUUCAAGGGAUAAACAUGAGAAAAAAUCAGUAAAACCAAAAGAAAAUUUUAUUAGAAAAGAACAAAAUAAAAACGUGUCUUCUUAUAUAUAUAUUCCAAAUUUACCAAAUAUAAAAAAUAUUUCGAACUUUUUAUUUAAAAAUUGUAUAAAAAAUAUAAAUGAAAAAAGUAAGAUAAUAAAAAAAAAAAACGUUACUAAUAAGAAGUUAAAUAAAAAAAGUUAUAAAACAAAUAAAUUAAUGAAAAAAACUAAUUUAAUAAGUAUAUUAUCAUAUCAUUUUAAUAAAAAUGAGAAACUUACUCAAAAAUAUACUCAAAAUAUUAAUAAAGAACAUAUAAUAAAUUUAAAUACAGUAAAUAUAAAUGUAAAAAAAUCCAUAAAUGAGAUUUCAAAAGAUCCUUCUUUAGAUUAUUCUAAAAAAUAUGAAUUUACAAAUAUUUUAAAAACUAAUUCUAAAAAAACUAUUAAUGACAAAAUGAAAAAUAUCAACCAAAAUCAAGAUUUAUCAUCCAAUGAAUUACAUUUACUAUUAAGUCAAAAAAAAAAUAAUGUAUCAGAAAAUAAUAUUGUUAAAAAAGAAACAGGUGUUAUAAUAUCCCCUACUAUUGAAAAAAAUGAAAAAGAAUGUUUUUCUGUUUUAAGUGAUGAAAACUCUAAAAUUAGUUAUGAGAAAUCAACAAAUGUGUUGAAAGGCAAAGGAGAAAUAAGCUCUAUAAGUAAAAGAAUAGUAAAUGAUAAAAUUCACAGCAAAAAUCAUAAUGUAGGGAAUCAAUUUUUAAUAUCUAAAACUAAUUUUUUGUCUACAAAUAAUGAUAUAAAGAGUAUAUAUUCUUCAAAGAGAGAUACAAAUAAUGUUCAGGGAAUCCAUCAUGAUAAUUCUAAAGAUAAAAAGAAUAAUGAUAGUUUUAUAAAUCAAAAGAAAGAAUCCCAAGACUUAAAGGGUGAAAAUAUAGGAGAAAAUGAUGCUUUAUCAAAUAAUUUUGUUAGAAAUAAUAUAGAAACAGUUACAAAUUUCAAUACAAAUAAUGAAACUAAGGAAAAUUCCUUAAAAAAAAAUAUAGAAAUGGAACAAAUAAAUGUAAAAAAAAACGUAUAUCUAAAUAAUGAAAAUAUUAAAAUUACUCUAAAGGAAGAGCUAUUAAAUAAGGAAAAAAUAGAUAAAUCUCCCAUAAAUAAUUUUCAAAAUCCAAAAUUCUCUUUAGUAACGAAUGAAAAGAUAAUUAACAAAAAUAUGUUCUUAGAAAAGAAAUCAGAGAAUAUACCUCCCAACAAAUUAAAUAAUGUUGAUUGCACAAAAAAUGAAAUAACCAAAAAAGAAAAAAAUGAUCCAUUUAUCAAUAAGAGCAAAGCAAUAACAGAAACUAAAUUACUUAGCACACCUUUUGAAAAAAAUGUAAUUAAGAAUCAAUAUAAAAAAUUGCAAGAUAUGAAAGAAUAUAAUAAUACAGAAAAUAAAACAAAGCAAUGUUUAAACAUGCUUGACAAUAAAACUAACAAGGAAGAUAUUCAUGUGACUAACACAAAUACAUAUAGUAAUGCACACAAAAACAGAAAUUUAGAAAAAGAGGAUUUAGAAAAAGAAAUAUCAACUUUAGAAAAAUUAGAAAAGGAUAGCAAUAAGAUAUAUCCUGAUGACAGUUUACAGAAAGAAAAAAAAUUAGUUUAUUCCAAUAAGAACAUUUUAUUAAAACAAAAUAAAUUUUCCAUAAAAAAGGAAAUUAAUGUACACAAAUACAAUGGUAACACAAAACCAGAUUUAUUUGAUGAAAAUAAAUCGUCAAUAGAAAAAUUAAAAACGAAUAAUGAAGUCAAAUUUAAUAAAUUAUUUAAAAAUGUUUUAAAUAAAAACAAUAUACAACUUGAGAAAAUGAGUGGUGUCCUCUUAAAUAAAAUGAAUUCAUCUGAAUUAGAAAUAAAAAGAAACAUUGAUAAAAAAAUACCUUUAAAUAGUGCAUUAUCAAAUAAGAGUUUGGAAAAAACAGAAAAAGAAACGAUAAAUUCCAAAGAGGAAUGUAGAAAUAAUUUAGAGGAACAUAAGGGAUAUAUAAAUGAAGAUAAAUCAAAUAAAUGUGAACUAAAUAAUCAAGAAAUCGGAGUAAAAACAAAUCAAAUGAAUAAUAAAUCACUUUUCAUAAACAAAAAUGGAUACUCUAAAAGUUCAUUAGUAAAUGUAGAUCAAAAAGAAACGUUGAAAUUAUUUUCAAAAAAUAUAUCUACUAUGAAGUCAACUGUAAAUAUAAAAAAUAAUAAAACUAUAGAAUGUAUUGAAGAAUUGGAAAAUAAUCUAAAUAAAAAAAGUGUAAUAAAAACAAUAGAAAUGGAAAAAAUAAAAAACUUAUCAAAGGAAAACAAAAAUGAUUUAGAUUCUACCUUAGACUCAAGGAACUCAAGAGAAUUUGUAUUACAGGCAUUUUCUAAAAACACAAUCGAUAAUUUAUCUGUUGAAUCGAAGCACAAUCCUGAAACAAACAUGCUAGAAAAAGAGAUGAAUACAAAACCUGAAAGUAUGAAAAAAACAUUUAACGUAACUGAUAACCUUUCAUCACCUACUAUAAUUAAUGAAAUGAAUGAUAUUAAUAAACAAAAAUUAGAAUCCAAAAAAUUACAAGAUAUAUCUACUAUGAAAUUACAUAGUUUUGCAUCCAAAAUAAAACUAGAAAAGUCUAAUUUGUUUGAUACAAAUAAAAUAUUAAGUUCUCUAGGAGUAAAAUAUGAGAAAAGUAAUUCUAAAACUCAAAACAAAUUAUUAGGCUUCAAAAACUUAUCAAAUAAGUGUUCCAUUAAGUUAACUAAUAAAGAUGUUAAUGAAAAUGAAAAAGAGGAAAAUAAAAACGAAGAAGAUAGUUUUAAAGAAAAAUAUGAGGAGAAAGAUGUGCAGUUAAAUAAAACAGUAACACAAUUUAAGGGGUUAAAUAUUAAAAACUACAAUGAAAAAAGGAACAUAAAAACUUCUAUGUCCAUAACGAAUCACCCUGGUAAACAAUUUGUACUUGUGAAAGGAAAUCAUAACAAUGAAGAAAAAGAAGAAAAAAAAGAAGAAAAAGAACAUAGAGAAAUUGACAAACCAAUUAUAGAAAAAGGAUCAAAUAAAAUUUUGUUGAAAGAUAAAGAAUCUAACAUUAAAAAUAACCAAAUGAAAUUAUGUUCAAAUUUUUUACCACAUAAAAAGUCUUUUUAUAUAAAAAACAACAACAAUUAUGAAGAAAAUAUAAAAGGACGAGAAAAUAAUGAGAAUGAGAGAGAACAAGACAAGAAAAAAGGCAAAGAAGAAACCACAGAAGAAAUAAAAGAAGAAAAUAAAGAAAAAAGAAUAAAAGAAGAAACUGUAGAAAAAACAAAAAAAGAAGAGAUAAAAGAAAAUAUAGAAGAAAAAAUAAAAGAAGAAACUACAGAAGAAACAAAAAAAGAAGAUAUAAAAGAAAAUGAAGAGAAAAAAAUAAUAGAAGAAGAAAAUAAAGAAGAAACUAUAAAAGAAGAAAUAAGUAAAGAAGAAACUGUAAAAGAAGAAGAAAAUAAAGAAGAAACUACAAAAGAAGAAAUAAAGGAAGAAAAAAGUAAAGAAGAAACUAUAAAAGGAGAAAUUAAAGAAGAAAAUAAGGAAACUAUAAAAGAAGAAAUAAAAGAAGAAGAAAAUAAAAAUGAAAUUAUAAAAAAAGAAAUAAAAGAAGAACAAAGUAAAGAAGAAACUGUAAAAGACGAAAUAAAGGAAGAAAAAAGUAAAGAAGAAACUGUAAAAGAAGAAAUAAAGGAAGAAAAAAGUAAAGAAGAAACUGUAAAAGAAAUAAAAAAAGAAGAAAACAAAGAAGAAACUAUAAAAGAAGAAAAUAGAGAGGAUAAAAUAAAAGAAAUGGAAGAAGAUAAUGAAAAAAAAAUAAGGGAAAAUAUAGGAGAUAAAGAAAAAGAGGAUAUAAAAAAUAUUAAUCCAAUUAUUAAAAUUAAAUCAACGAAAGUUCUUUUGAAACCUAAAAUGUGCAUUAUUAAUGAUAAUGAAAAAAAAUCAAAUAUAAAAAAUAUUUCUUUUAUAAAAAAAUUUCAUAACAUAAAAAAUUUAUCAACUUUAAAACAAUUUCCUAGUAAAAAAUCUAUAAAAAGAGAAAACAAUGAAAAUGAUAAUAUAUUAGAAGAUAAAUUAAAUAUCAAUGAAGAUGAGAAUAAAGAUUGCACUAAUUCUAAAAAUUUUAAUGUUAAUAAUGAAAAAGAAAAAAAUUAUUAUAAGGUAAAAUCUUUAAAAUUAAUCAGUUCUAAUCGUAUGGAUACGCAUGAGAGUACAGAAGGUAAUACACAAUCGAAACUUUUGUUAGAAGAGCAAAAUGAAAAUGUAAAAAGUGGUUCCCUAACAAAUGGAACAUUUAUGAAUUCUACUUUAGGAAAUUUAUCUAAAUAUAAUUCAAAUAAUACACUAAAAGGUACAAUUGAAAAAAAAUUAUUAAAUUUUCCUCAAAAGGUAUUCAAUGAUGCAUCAAAAAAAACUUUACUAAAAGAAAAUAAUGAUAUAAAUAAUUUUUCAAAAAAUAACAUAUUUUUACCUAAAAUUGAGGGAAAAAAUUUUGCUAUGUCAAUGAAUGAAAAAAAUAUCCCUAAUACUAAAAAAAUUUUAAGUUGUCUGAAAAAUUCCAAAAAUGGAUUAAUAUCAAAAGGAAAAAAUGUUCUUCCUUUGACAAAAGAAAACAAUUUUGAGUAA